UGUGCGGGACAAAAAGUGCAUUGCCCAGUGGACUUUUCCAUCCGGUGGCUCACGAACUGUAUGUAGUCUUCGCGCCGGCGUUUUCGUCCACGAGACGAGAGAGCACGCGAGCGACGAGAGGACGGUGACGAGAAGCGUUCGAGGGAGGAGGAAGGUGAAAAGUAGGGAGACACUCGUUCGGUAACCGCGCUCCUCUCGCGCCGGAAGGAGAGUCGAGGAGGUUCUGUUGGAGGAGGAAGAGGAGAGGAAGGGAAAGAGGAGAACGAAGAGUAGUAGGGAUAUAUCGUAUUCCUCGUGUGGCCUCGUCGAAAAUCGAAGAACGACGACGGUGUGGAAUCGAUGUGGAUAGUCUCGAUUUCGGCGAACGUUUUAAGGAAGAACAUUGAAAGAAAAAAGUGAGAAAAGAGACGGCAAAAAUCAUCUAUUUCCUUUUCUCUUUUUUUACAGUAAUACUGUAUUGCUACGUGAAUUUAGACGUACGGAAAGAGCAAGGAAAGAAGUGAAAGAGGGAGAUAUAAAAUCGUCCGAUGGUGUGAGUUCUACAUUAUCGACGAAGCGUGGGAGGGUGAAGAAGGAAACGGAUUCGUCGGUAAAACAGUGUCACGCGCGCUGCCACGGAGGAAGGACGGAAGACGGACGAAGGCUUUUGAGGGAGCCGGUCGCAACCGAGACCAGUCGCGAAUACGCGCUUAACGUGAUAACGACUAGAUCGUCUUUGCGCGUGACUUUACUUUUCUCGAGAUCUUAGUUCGAUGGAAUACAAGUAAGAAGAUCGUUGAUCGUUUCUUGUUUUACACGUGAAGAAGAAAAGUGAAGAAAGAAGAUAAUAAGAGAAAAGAAGAAGCUAAAAGAAGAGUGGAUCGAAGGUCUUGCUGCGAGCACUCGAGUCGACGGAAACGAUAUAUUCUCUCGCCGGCAACACGGAAGCACGUUUCGUUUGAGGAAUUCGUCCGCUAGUCCAACGUGACUAUGAGAAUUUUAUAUACGUCGUCCGGAGUAUAAGAAUAGUUAAGGAAAGGCAGGAAGAAAGGAAGGAAGGAAGGAAGGAAGGAAGGAAGGAAGGAAGGAAGGGAGGAAAGAAGGAAGGAAGAAAGAAGGAAGGAAGGAAGGAAAGAAGGAAAGAACGAAAGAAAUAAAGAAAGAAAGAAACUAGAAGAGAAAAGAAAAACGGGAUCUUCCAAACUCGUCCGCUCUUGGAGGAGACUACUGGCGAUAGAUCGAUCUAGUGGCAAAGCGAUCGUUCGCGUGGAGCAGCGUAUGAGAUCGAGAGGAACACGAGAAGAAGCGCCCUCGUCUCGUGGAGAUUCGUGCCGAUCGAAGAAGAAGAGAGAGCGGGUACAGAGAGAGAGAGAGAGGCAGAGAGAGAAAGAGAAAGAGAAAAGACGAUAAGAGAAGGAGAGGGUCCUUCGACGAUUUUGAAUCGCGUUCGAUAAGCCACGAGGAUCACUCUUUCUCUCUCUUUCUCUCUCUCUCUCUCUCUCUCUCUCUCUCUUUCUCUCUCUCUCUCUCUCCCUGGGUUUCUUGGCGCUACGUGUGUGCUCGUGGGACUACGUUGAAAAUCGCUCGGUGUCGUUGCUUGACGGAACCGGUUUCGUUCGGCUCGGCGAAUCUCGGCGUUUAUACAAAGGUCGUGUAUGCUCGCUCGUGAGAGAGCGGUAGGAGUGAGAUUUAUGGAAAACGAAUUUACACGAGGUCACACCCACGGGAGCGGCUCUCUUUCGCUCGCUCUCUCUCUCUCUCCCUCUCUAUUUCUCUCUUCUCUUCUGUUCUCUUCUCUCUCCUCUUUCUACGUUGGUACGUCUAUUUCCACUUCUCUUUAUUAAUAAUAACGACGGCGCUAACGCAACGCCGACGGUAAAACGGCGUCGCGCGGCCGUGUGCGUGCCUUGAGAGGUAGAAUCGGCUGAGGUUGAAGGAACCGAAGGAAAAAGAAGACGGAAGGAUAACGAGGACGGAGGUGUCCUUCGGAGCACGAAAAAGAACGAGAUAGAAAAGAGAGGAGAGAGAGAGAGAGAGAGAGAGAGAGAGAGAGUGAGAUAGUGAGAGAGAAAAAGAAAGGAAGGGGAGAGAGAGAGAGAGAGAGAGAGAGAGAGAGAGAGAGAGAAAGAGAGAGAAAGAGAGAAACAGUAAACUUCGAGAAAGGAUCGUCGAACUCUCUUGGUACAGCAGUGAUAUCCGUCGGAAAGCCCAAAGAUUUGUCUUGAAUCGUUAUGAGGCUGAUGCGUCCCUCGUUGGAAUCGAAAAAGAUACGAUCUCGCAAAGCAAGAAUCUUCAAAAGGAGAUGGACGUAGCACCGAUGGAAACGUCGUAGUCUCGAACGGACUCGCCGCUUACACUCUUUUCAGAGAGGAAAGAAAACGAUAGGAGUGAGAGCGAGAUGGCCGAAUUCGAAGAAAGCAAAACUUUCCUGUUCGAGUGGAAAGAGCGGAGAGAUUGCUUGCUUGGGGUAAAGCUUUACGAGACCUAGUCCCUGCUGCCACACUCUCCUAGUAGUUGCGAGGUGUUAACAAAAAUUUGAGGAACAAGAAGUGAAAGAGGAUAAAGAUAGGAGAGUUUUGAUGAUCUCGAGUGACUUUGGCGAUGAAGCGAGCGACGAGCGCAACCGCGGCCUGCGCGUCGCAGGUACAACAACCGGUGGCCACUCUUCAGGGGAAGAUACACGAUCUUCUCCUUAAUCCAUUGAAUGCUCGUACGGAGGAAGAAGCGACGUUAUUCAAGAGUAUUGGCGGUGUGAAAUCGUCAAUUUCAGCGUCAUCGUCAUCUACGACGGUGACGUCGAAGGAUGAAGCGAAAGCAAAGUCCUCGGCCAUGCCCCGGCUGUUGGCCGUUGAUUCGGACAAUUAUAUGCUUAGGAAAGGUGCGGGGACUACUAACGGAGUCUCCUCGUCUAACGCAACGACGAUGACAGCCCCCACGACGACGACGUUGACAACGUCAUCGUCCAUCGAAGCCGUCGGCUGUUCUCGAGUAGCGCGAGCUUUUUUAGUAAACGCACCUACGAAUGGCACUUAUACCGAUCUGCAGAUGCACUCGAUUCUUGGUUAUAAUAACAACGAGACGAGACAACAGCAGCAACAGCAACAACAACAACAACAACAGCAGCAGCAACAGCAGCAGCAAUCGUACGAGCCGAGAAUCAAACCAACGGUGGUGACUUCUGCUAGCACGAAUCAAUUUACUGCACAGAGGUGGUUAGCGAGUCAUUUACAGGCUCAACCGCGUUGCCUGUUGAACAAUUCCAAUAAUGGUAACAACAAAUCGGAUUCUCCACAGCAGCAACAGUUUUUGCGUGCAUCUAAUGACGAGAAACGCGAGAACGAGACCGAGAUCGAUAACAGGUCGCGUUUACCCUGUUGUGCCCGAGUGUUUUCCUUUCAUCGAUAUGUCUGUAGGUGUAACGAUGCUGCUGUUAGCUCGCAGCAACAAUAUCAAUUGAGUAAAGAGUCGUGGGAGAUCGAGAGCGCUGUCGUAGAUUCGAAUUGGAUUGAGAACGAUGCGAUUGUUGGAUCUAAUUCAUCCGUCGAUAAAGCUACCCGCUCAAAGGGCAAAAGCGCGUGUAGUACCCUCGAGGCGCGGACGUUCGCUGCCUCGAGGGUGCCUGCUGGUGGAAGAUUGUCCGCGUGUUGCUGCAUGUGUGCUUCGCUCUGUCCCGCAGACUGCCGCGCGUGCUUCCACAUCGUCUGCUCGGUCUACAGCGGACAGCACCUGUGCCAAUGGAGUAACAAGGGUCACGCGCUACCCGGCCAGAUUUUUUAUGAGGACAAGCCCGUCAGUGAAUGGACAUCGUUAGACGUACUCGAGUGGAUGUCAGCGUUAAAUCUCUACAGCUAUGCGGACAUUUUCAAAUCGAAGGAUAUCAAAGGCAGCGAUCUUCGUCAUCUGGAUCGAGACAAACUCAUGCAUAUGGGUAUAAAAGAUGAGCUCGACCAGAAGAUCCUUUUGGUGUGUAUCGAGGAACUCUGCCAGACGUCGCCUCCCCUCUCGUUGCCUGGUAGCACAGAAGCGAACUCAUCUUCCACGACAACGAGCACGACAACGAGCACGACUACGGCGACGACGGCAACGACGGCGACGUUGACGGCAACGGCACUGACAUCAGCUACGACCGGUAGUAACUCCGUCAAUGCGAGCUGCGCUAUCGGCCUCGCUCAUCCGGCCAACAAUACGACCAACGAUGGUCAUAAUCUUGUGUUGCAUAGCUUCAGUAUUUUGGAAAAGUGUGACAAGUGUCGUAAAUAUCUCAGGGGUCUCUUGCAUCAAGGCUUUCUCUGCCAAGAUUGCGGCCUGGUAGCCCACAGAACGUGCUCGGCGAUUGGUCUACCCAUAAGCUGCGUCCCCGCUGAGUCGAAAAACCGUAGCAAUAGAUACGCUUCCGUAUUUGGCCUCGCCCUGUGUUCACAAUUCGAAACAUCCACGCGUUCUGCUCCUAUCUUGGUGGAAAGAUGUACGCGCGUACUCGAAGAAAGGGCAUGUGCGGACACGACCUUAGAUCUCUACAAAGUCUAUUGCAGUAAACCUAACGAGCAAACCCUUGAGUUACGACAAAACUUGGACGAAGACGUGCGUAACGCUGAUUUGGAUCGGUAUACUCCUCAAUGCAUUGCAAGCGUUUUGAAAAAGUUCCUGCAAGAAUUACCAGAUCCGGUAAUACCGGUACAAUUUUAUGACAGGUUCCUAGAGGCAUCAAAUAUGAGAAGCGACGAGCAGUGUGCUGCUCGUUUAGGACAACUAGUUACUGAACUUCCGGAACAUCAUAGGAGUACGUUGUUUCACUUGAUGGCUCACUUUUGUCGCAUAUGUCAAUUGCAACAUGGGAGGGGUUACACAGAACCACCCACUGUACUUGUCCAGGUGUUCCGUCAUAUAUUCAUUAGGCCGCCUUGGGAACGGAUCAUACAAAUUAUACACAACACAAAAGCUUAUAUAAGGAUAAUGGAACUGUUGUUGCUGCACGUUGAUUGGAACGAAAGGUUGCCCGAAUUUGCGAGUGCUCCACAGCUUCCACCACGGAAAUUUUCAAGGCCUCAGUUUCCUGUUCUAGAUCCAUUCCCGGUUCUCGAAGAAGAUAAUACGACAGAAAGAUCGGGAACUGCUGGUGACAGUGGCAAGGAUCAACAAUCUCACAGGCCGCGAACGCUCCAGGAAGCCGAGUGGUACUGGGGAGAUAUAACGAGAGACGAGGUCAAUGAAAAAAUGAUCGAUUCGCCUGAUGGCACUUUCCUAGUUCGUAAUGCGUCUUCCAAAGGAGGUGAAUAUACUCUGACGUUGCGUAAAGGUGGCACGAAUAAGCUUAUUAAGAUUUGUCAUCGCAAUGGAAAUUACGGCUUUUCCGAGCCGUAUAAUUUUCAUUCGGUUAUCGAGUUGGUCGACUACUAUAGGAAUUGUUCCUUGGCUCAAUAUAAUUCUACAUUGGACAUCAAGUUGUUAUAUCCUGUAUCACGGUUUCAACAAGACGACGAGAUUGCCAGUACAACGGAUAUGGCAACGGUAAAACAAAAGUUUGCCGAAUUGAGCAAAGAAAUAGUUGAUACGUGUCGGCAAUAUCAAGAUUGUUCAGAAUUGUACAGUAAAACGGCUUACGAGGUUCAAUUAAAGAGACAAGCUCUGGAAGCUUUUUCAGAAGCAAUUAAGAUGUUCGAAGAUCAGAUGAAACUGCAGGAAAAGUUUCAAAAGGAAGCUCAACCGCAUGAGAUAUCGACUUUAACCGAGAAUGCAGAGCUGCUGAAACGCAGAUUAAAAUCUUUAGAGGACAGUAGGGAACAAUUGGAUGAUAGUUUGAAGCAACGAAUAGCCUACAAUAGAACUCUCGAAAGAGAAAUGCAUAAACUAAAGCCGGAGAUUAUUCAACUUGUGAGGCAAAGGGACAAACACUUCACAUGGUUGAAGAAAAAUGGCAUGACGGCAAACAAAAUCAAUCAGCUAGUGCUAAAUCAUUCACUUACAAAUCCAUUAGUCGGCGAUUUAGUAUACGGAGAUCUUCCAGAAGUUGAUUUAGAAGUGCAUACGGAUGAAAAGACUUGGCUUUACUUGGAAGGAUCACGUUCCGAUGCCGAUCGUAUUCUUGCUGGACGACCGGAUGGUACGUUCCUGGUACGAAGAUCAAGAACCGGUCAAUAUGCCUUGUCGAUCAUGUGCAACGGUACUGUAAAUCACUGUAUCAUAUAUGCGACCGAACGAGGUUACGGGUUUGCCGAGCCUUAUAAUAUUCACGAGAGCUUGAAACAUCUAGUGCUACAUUAUGCACAAAAUUCUCUGGAGGAGCAUAAUGAAAGUCUGAGUACGACAUUGGCUUAUCCGGCUUUUGCGCCGUCAACGGCUCUGGCACAGCUACAAGCGCAGCAGAUGCAACUGCAAAUGCAUAUGCCAGCGCAGAAUCAACUACAGUUUAAACGACCUAUCGAAAGCCAAUCCCAAUUUACACGAAGUUUGGAAAAUCAACAUUUUAUAACUCAUACGUAAUAUUUAUAUGUUUAUCAAUCUGGCCGGAAUUGCUUGAUAACUUCAGAUACUCGUGCGUGAUUUUACGUAUAAAUUCGUUCGCUUAAAAUGGAGCGAACGAACGAACGAAACGUACUGUGAGUUUAUAUUCAUAUGUAUGCGACACGAGAGAAAUACGAGGGGACUUGUAAUGUUGCGCCUUCCCGGGGAAGGAUUACAAAGAGGAUUGUUUUUCUUUUUACCAGAAUAUUUGAAAAUGUGAAUUAUGCUGAUAUCUCUAAGGCAUAGCGAUAGCGAUAAUAAUUGUCGAAGGUCCUAGUUGUAGAAGUACCUGUAGUCGUAGUAGUAAUGGUGAUAGUUGGUGGUAGUAAGAGCGAAAAAAAAUUCACGCAGCAGUAUGCGUUUUUAUUCUUUUUUGCUGCGUAUUAAAGCUCCUCCUACGUAAACUGCUAAUUAUCGGUAAUUAUUCUAUCUUAUACAUCCUGUUUAGAAAUUAUAUCGUUUCUUCUUUUUCCUGUCUUUUGUCGGAGCUUUAUCUCGCUAUGUUAAACGAUUGUUUGUUCUGAUCUUAUGGCGAUCGAUUUAUAUCGGAUUGAAAAUGAAAUUAGCAGAGUUGAACCGGGAGGAGCAUUAAUAAUAUUUCAGAUGAAACGACCAAACGAUCCAUUGUUAGUUACGCUGUUGCGUACGGAUUGAUAGACAGUGUCGGGAUGUUAGAAUACACUCACGAGUCUUCGUAAGAUCAAUAUUGAUACGUUUCAGUAAGCUAUAUUCUUCAGGAAAGAAUAAGUUUGAUGUAUGAACCUUGCUACAUCUAAAAGUCAAAUUUCUCUAUCGAAAACGUCGAUACGACCGAGAGUAUAUUUGUAGUUUAACAACUAAAUCACUCUUCGCUCAAAUAAGUCACAAGUCCCAUUGGUAAUCAGGGUAGACAUAUUUCUCGUAAAUUUAAAUAUUAAUGUAAUUAUUAUAGCGACGAUUAAGGCGUUUUCGAAUACUUUUCAAAAAUUAUAUUUUCUUAUACGCCUGUGUUUUUAACAUCUAUCUUACUUCUCAUUUCUUUGUUCAGACACUUUUUGAACUUUGUCGAGUGAUUUAGAUUGUAUCGGUGGUUAAACUUCUGUUGCAUCGGAUCUUAUGAACGAUAUCGAAGUUUAUAUCUAUAAAAUCAUCGAUAAACGAUAAACGUCGAUCUUCGAGUCUCGGAAAUUUCCAGCGUUUGUAUAAUCGUAGUAAACUCCGAGAAAUUAGUGAGAGAUUGCUCGCGAGAGAAUGGAACGAACACUUUAAUCGCGAAGUUAUAGUUUUUAGCGCUUAGCCACCGAUAAAAAAAGUAUAUAUAUAUAUAUAUAUAUAUAUAUAUAUAUAUAUAAAUAUAAAUAUAUAUGUGUAUAUAUUCGUUAUAUUUCGGUGCUUGUUACAACGAAAUUUCUUCGGAGGUGCAAGAGGUUUUUUAUAUAAUGUGUAGAUUAUAAGUAUUGUGCCAGGCCCGCGUGGGUUAUGUACGAUUUUAAACAAGAAAACAAUAUUGUCUGUGAUUUCGGAUCAGUGAGAAAAAGAGAGAGAGAGAGAGAGAAAGAGAGAGCGAAAGAGAGAAAGAGAGAGAGAGAGAGAGAGAGAGAGAGAGAUAAUAUCGCGUUUAUCAUUUCAUUCGAUGUUACUCUUUAAGAUUUUAUCUUCUUUUUUUUAUUUGUUCUUCUUCUUUAUACUAUCGCUUUAAAGUUUACCCAUUACUAGGUCUUAUAAGGGAACUUAAUCUCGUCAUUUAACAUUCUCGCGUAUACGUAGUAAAAUUGUUAUAAAAUUUUCUUAACCAUUGGCAUUUAAAGAUCGAACAUUUGUCACACUUCCCGCUUUUUCAAAAGGAACCUCGGGAGCAAUGGAAUUUUCAUUGCUCUUUUAUUUAUGAUACAUGAAUUUUUCUUCUUAGAUCUUUCACUCGGAAAGCAUAACUCGAUCGCGUGUUAAAGAGAGCGAAAUAAUCGGAAAAGAAACGAAGAACGAUCGAACGUCGUUUAGCGUGGCUCAUGAUUAAGAUAUGAGUGUGCCUCAAGAAAUCUUGCAUUUACGGAGCGGUCAGUAAACGUAAGAGUGUAUCGAGGCUAUUCGCUAUACCUGUCAUAUCGAAUGCUAUCGACGAAUGAUCAAAUAUGCUCGCGAGUAUGAAUUCCGCAAAUGAUACGAUCGAGUGACUGUUAAUACAUACAACAUACGUUGUAAAUGAUAUAAAUUAUAACGGGUAACGUUUUAAUAAAUUAUUGUCAGCUUAUUUUCACUCGAAUGCUCGAAAAUGUAGUUAUCAUCAUUCCGAUCUCUAGUACAAAAGGGCGAGAGGUGAUGACGCGUGUUUUCUUUGUUCAUUAAUUUUCUUUUUUUUUCUUUUUUUUUUUUCUUUAGUUUGUCUAUUAAAUUUUUUUUUCUUUUUUUUUCUGUACGAAAGGAUAAAACGAAUACGUGGGAAGGAAGAGAAGAAGCAGUAGAAUAAGGAGGCGGACGUAGUAUUUGCAAAAUGAAAGGCCCGUUGUUCAUCUUUUAAGGCUUCGAAUAACGUAGACAUUAGGUAGUUUAGGUCUUUUUUAUACAAAAAGGGAGAAAAAAGAAACAGGGAAUACGAGUCGUGGUGCCUCGAUAGGCUUGUAUUUCGUGAUCGUCCAGUUGCGUGCCAGCGCUGAGCUCGAUCGUUUGUUGCCGUGUCGUUGGAUCGUUUGUUUCGUAGACGGGUAUUAAAAAACUUGUGCUUUACACGCGUAUUACCAGUGUCGAUCGGGUAGCCCUUUUUCUAUGCGAAGAAGGGUUCACCUUCUCUUACCACUUUUCAUGUGUUUUGCAAUCGCAUUAGCGAGCUCGAUCGAGCUUCUUUUUUUCUUUUUUUUCGCGAUAAGAAAUUCGAAAAAUCUUUCGAUUUUAACGACUCAUACUAUAAUCAUCAUUUACAUUUUAAAUAAUUUUCAUGUGUACCAUAUUGGUAAAUAUAGGUUUUAUAACGCGAUGAUAUCCUGAAAAGAAAUAAUUUUCACUCGUGCUUUUAUUGAACGAAGGAUUGAAUAUAAAGAAACGCAUGUAGCGUUUCGUGCUUAUUUCUAUAUUUCGAUAUUCGAUCGAAUUAUUUGUGUUAAUUUCUUUUUUUAUGUUUGUCUUUAUUCUCUUUUAAAUCAAAUGCUUUUUCUCGAACGGUGGCGAGGAAAACAUAUGAUUACAACGUCCGGUUCGUUUGGAUACGAGGUGAAUAAAGAGUAAAAAGUGUAAUCGAUGGUGAAAGGAUGUGUGAGGUAGACGUGAGAGAAAAAGAGAAAAUGAUACAAAAAAAUCACACACAUAACAUACGUACAUACAUAAUACAUACAUACAUACAUACAUAUAUAUAUAUUUUUACUUACUUUCAAGGCAAACCUUUAAUUGAUUAUUUAUAAUAUAUACGUGCAUAUAUAUUAUAUACAUUAUAUAUUAUAUCACGAUGCCGCGUUAAAUCCUCACGCGUGCACAUCCAUGAGUUUGGCGAUAAAAAAAAAGAAUAAAAGCAAAAGCAUUCUUUUCUCUUCUCCUCAAACUCAUGGAUGUCGAUCCAACAUUACGUGUCGCAUGCGGAGAUCGAACGUGUUUGGUUUUCAACAUUUUUAAUCCUUUCGUCGUUUAGCCGAAAUAAACGUAUAUUUAUUAAAAAAGCACCCGAGGUCCGAAGCAACAUAAAAUGUAUAAAUUAGCCCACAACAUAUAGUUUUUUUAUCAAUAGUCGUCAGAAAAUAAGAUAAAAAAAAAGAAUUCUUCUUUCAGCAUACUAUGUAAUUUUGACUAAACAACAAAAGGUUUAAAAUUUGAUAACGAUCCGUAAUCGAUGAUCCUAAAUUCGUUCAGACGUGUGCGAGAGUUGAACGAUGCGUCCGAAAGAUCUUUAUUCUCGGUAUUCUUAUAUCGAGGAUGUACGAAUGCGAGUGCGCGCGUGUGUAUGUGUGUGUGUCUAAUCGUCAACGUGAAUAAACGUAAACAUAUAUAAAUGAUUUUUCCUAUUGAUCACACGAAAGAAAGAAAAAGAUUGGAAAGCAAAGAUGAAGGAAAGAGAGAGAGAGAGAGAGAAAGAGAAAUCAAUUGUAAAAUACACGACGUUUCGCUGACUUUCUUUGUCCGUGACAAUAGUGUCCUUUCAAGGGAUUAUUCUGUCUUGCAACUGUGACGAAAUCGCAAGGUUAUAAUUUAAAACUCUUUAGAGAUACCAUUAAAAAAAAAUAUAGCACGCGUGACGGAUCGCUCCUCGUGUGUACACCUUUCUUGUUAAUUUAUUAUCACCUUUUCAAACUCAGCUCACUAAUGAAGAUAAUCAUCCCGUUAGAUUAGAUUGAUCGAUUUGUCUUUGGUAUCUAAUCGAAACUUUCUAUAUAUAGACUAACAAAGGCAUCUCUUGGGAAAUAGAUUCGAAGAAUCGAACGGAACAAAAUUAAAAUAUGGCAAUGUCUUUUUUUCUCUUUUCUUUUAUCAGCUCGAUCGUUGUAAUUGCGAUAUAUGUAGAAAAUGAUAUCGUUCGGUACUUUGGUUUUAUCACAGAUUAAUAAUAAUAUUAUUAUUGCGUGUAUAUCCGAGCCGAAUAUUACUCUGUUAUAGGAAAGAGAAAAGAAAAAGAAUGAAACGACGACGGAACGAUGCAAGAAAGUCGCUAGGAUUGUUUUAUUAACGGCAGGACCGAUUCGAAUUAUCUUUUUACAAGUACGAAAUUUGUGGGCGAGAUGUUAAUAUUCCGUUUGUUAAUAAACGAACACGUCCAUGCAUCUCUGGACGACUUGCGGAAUUAUUUUUGUAGGAUUUAAAAAUGUCUCGAAAGAAUUCGCUUCGUUCGUUCGAAUGGGAACGCCAAUAUAUUUUGUGGUUAAAAUGAAGCGCUUUUUUGACGAGGAAAAUGAAAAAAAAAGAAAUAAAAAAAUAAAAGAGAAAAAGAAAAAGUCUAGGAAAGAUAUUUAACGUGCACAUUCAAGUAUUGAAGCUCGGACGGAUUAAAUUGUGGCAUAAACGAUUCGACUUGCGAAUGCGCAGCCUACCAUUGAAUAUGUGAUCUCUGGAAAUUAACGCGGAGGAAUAUAGGAGAGCGUGCGUCUGUGUGUGUCUGUGUGUGUGCAUGUGUGUAUAAGUAUGGGUGUAACGAAUUAUCGUUGCCUUAGCUUUUUGUACAAUUUAACAAGAUUGAAUGAAUGAAAAGUGAGCCAGAGAAGGAGAGAAAGAAAGAGAGAGAGAGAGAGAGAAAUUGUGCAGGAUAUGAAAUGUUUAUUAUAUUAAUGUAAUCGAUGUUGGUAUCUGUGAAGAUAAAUGGUGAUAAUAAAACGAUAAAAGUAGUAAGCUAUUCUCGUAAGUUCGCUCGAGAAAGGUGACAUAGCCUUGCAGCAAGAAUUGUGCGACAAGCUGAUAAUCAAAUUGUAUGAAUAUUGAUAUUGUUACAAUGUUUAUGAUAAUAAUAUUGUUAGUAUUAAUGGCAAUGAUGAUAAUAUUAAUUAACGACGACGAUGAUAAUUGUAAUUCGUAAUUUUUACGCAUGGAGAUCGCCGUCUUGAAAUGAAAUAUGCAAGAAAAAAAAAGCAAUGUCGAUCGUUUCUUUGCCCGAAAGGAGAUUACCCGACCCGUAUCUUUUUAAAAUACGUUUCCCAAGAUGAUGAAAAACCCUACGAUUUGGUAAUCGAUCAGCAGGAAAAUGUGGAUCAAAAUUAUUUGAGGAAACAGUAAUUAAUCGGAUACAAUACAUAGAACGAAUGAAAAAUUCAUUACUUUUCUUCGUUGUUUCUAUUCGGAAACACGAUAUUCGCCUUUGUCUGUAUAUAUCUACAUAUAUACAUAAAAACUUAAACGGAUCUCAUCAUCGUCGAUAACGUUGGCAACAUUAAACAAAAUCUUUUCAGCGGUUUGGCUAGAGGCAGAACUCAGGUUCGACGAUUUCAAUUGAAACGAACAAUAUUAAGCACUUUUAAAGUAAGUUAGUUCUACGCGUACGACGAAUCGUCCGUAAAUUAAAAAAAAAAAAAAUAAUAAAAUAAAAGAAAAGAAAAGAAAAAAACAGGCUGAUUUAGAAAAUAUUAAUAGGAAAAAUUAAGUAGACCAAUCUAUAAUAUAGAACUAACUAAUAAUUAAUAUACAUAUAUGUAUAAAUAUAUAUAUACAUACACAGGUAAUAUAUAGAAAUAAAACAAUUUUCUUGCGCCUCUAUGCUGAACGAUCAGAAUUGCAUAAUCUAUUAAUAAUAUGUAUCACUUCGAUAAAAAUAAGACAGUCUGUAUAGUGUAUACAAAGGAACAGUAUAAUGUAUGACAAAGAAAUUACAAGUUUGUACAUGUGUACGUGCGAUUCUGUGUGUGUUUGUGUGUGCAUGGCGAUCGCUCACAUGUCGUGUGUAAAAAUACGAAGAGAACUUAUGUACACAAAGUAGUUAAACGCUCGUAACAAAUACUCCGCGGAAUUUUCUCGUAAUUAAAUAAGGUCCAUCGAAAAGUGAAACGAUCGACUUUACUCUCUAAUCUGUAUUACUUGAAAAUGAUCGCUCUGUUAAUAAUUAUAAAUUCACAACUUCACGGAUUCAUUGAUGGUAUUGUUGAAAAAUUAGAGAUACGAUAUGUAAUGCAUUCCGAUAGCAAUUUUAGCCAUACCGAGAGUAUCAGCAAAUUUUUUGGUAUAAAUAAUCCGAGCGUCUGAAAGAAGCACGUACUACUUUAUUUUGGCGAAAGCGAAGUUUACGCAGAGAUAUCGAUUAUCUUCUUAAGAAUAAAAGCGCGACGUUUUCGGAUACAAUUUUAAUAGAAAAAAUAUAAAUGGGAGCAUACGUGUCCGACUUCGAAGACGGAGAGUUUUUAAAUAAAAUACAAAAAAGAAAAGAAAUAACACUUCGAUCGCAAUUAUUAAAGUUUGGAAGAAUUUAUCAAUUUUAUAACGAACGCGUUAAAUGCAACGUUUCGUAUAUUCCAUAUUCGAUAUAUCAAAGUCCGAGCAAGUUCGUAAUCAAAAAUAGGUAAUUCUUUUUUCUCGAAGUCGGCCACAUAUAUAAACGUUAAUAAAUUUGAGAUGGGUAGGCGCUAAUUGGAGAAUCUCUUUUUUAACUAAAGUCAGAAAAAGGGGGUAUCCUACGAGCGCUCACCGUUUUUCAAUCCUUGCCAUUUUUGUACAUAGUAUCCGUGUCCAAAUGCUCGCGAAGAAAAAGAACGAGGAGAAAGGGUGUAUUAACAAAAGUCGUGUAACAAUGUAUUUGGAGAAAUAAUAAUUGUGCGAGUGAUGUGCGACGUGUGUGUAUGCUGCAAGGUGAAAAAUUACAAAUAUGAUUACGGAUCGUAUGAUAAGAGGGAGGGACGGAGGGAGGGAUAAGGAACGAAGAGAAGGGAAAGAGAAAGAGGAAGAGAAAUGAGAAGCAGAAUUUAUCGACACAAUAUUAUAUUAUUAACAAACGUAUGCUGUCCCACUGUGAUAAAAAAAUUUUGUUUUUGCAUGUAAAAUAUACUAUUAAUGUCAUAAGUACGAAGGAAUCAUAUUACGGCGCAUAUAUAUAGAUGUAUGCGCUGACGCAUGUACGAUCUUAGAUCGAUCUAUGUAUCUAUAUAUAUAUCUAUAUAUAUGCAGGCAUAACACACAAGCAUACAUAUAUUGUGAUUCAGUGUGCACAGGGAUUACAGAGUGCAUGCGAUUCUACAAAGAAUACAAAUUUUAAUUAUUCCCACCAUGUUUUCACACGCUCCCAUAUAAAAAUAUGGGACGAGUCUAGUCCUGUUUACGAAACAUAUAUAGAAAGUAUAUAAUGUAUAACUUGUAAAGGGGAGCGUAGAAAUCAUUUAUUAUAAAACGUUAAAAAAGAUUAUUAUUCAUAUAUAGCGAUGAGUCGUCGUAACCUCAUAGUAGAUUUGUUAUGAAUCGAUUCGUGUUCGAUUAAUUUCCUCGAAGCUUUAUAAAUAAAAUUAAUAGUUCGUUGCAUUUCAUUGAGAAAUGAACAAACGGCCCGCUUUUAUUCGGUAUAAUUUUAUGUUUUUCUUUCGAAUGAAUAAUUUAUAGCGAUUUCAUAGAUAUUUUUCGCGCGUUUUACGACUUGUAAACAGUCGCAUUAGAAUUUGAUGGACAUUUGCAGUUUACCAUAGAAAUUAUUCCCUGUACGAAAUGAGUUCGAAUUUGAACGUCGGUUAAAUCAAUGGGAUGGAUUUUCAAUGAAAUUUGAUUAGGUCUUUACUGCGUCAUUAGUCUUCGGGCGUGUGAAAACUGGGGAUGAGAUAAGUGUUUAUUCGCUUUUUUGCGCAACGGUCAUCCUCAUAUUGUACCGUUUAUUUGGUAGCACUACCAUGUAAAACCAUUUAUAUUUGCAUAUAAUUAAUAUGUUUUACUUAUAAGA